CGCUUACCGGGCAGUAAUACACGGGGGGGAAUGGCAGCGGCUCGGGUGGAAUAUAUCGCUCCAUGGUGGGUUUAUUGGCUGCACAAUUUCCCGCAUGUAGACCUUUCGUUGCGGCAGAAGAGCCCCGAUUUUAACCCCAAGGACCCCGGGUAUCAGCAGACAUUGCUAUUUGUUGCAUUGAUCGUUGCCCUCUGUGCUGCUGUCAACCUGCUGUUUGUCUCGGUCUAUCUUAUAUGCCUUUGCUGUUGCAAGAAAGAAGAUGAAACGGAGACAAAGAAGACAAGUUCCUGCUGUGUCACCUGGACUGCUGCUGUGUCUGGCCUUCUCUGCUGUGCUGCAGUUGGCAUUGGUUUCUAUGGGAACAGUGAGACCAAUGAUGGGGUUUACCAGCUGACCUACUCCUUGGAUAAUGCCAACCACACUCUGGCUGGGAUUGAUUCUCUGGUGUCAAACACCAAUUUCAAGAUAAAGGAAGAUCUUGAUAAGCACUUGUUUCGCCUAAAUGAGAUAUUUGCAGCGAGGGGAGAUUAUGUCCAGAGCCUUAGAUUCAUGCAGCAGAUGGCUGGUAACAUCAUCCAGCAGCUCACCAGCUUGCCCAACUGGCAGGGAACCAGUGUGAAUCUCUCAGACAUUGCAAGGCAGACCGGCACCAUUGAGUAUUACAGGUGGCUCUCCUACCUCCUCCUUUUCAUCUCUUACGUUGUUAUCUGCCUCGUCACUUGCGUUGGACUGGCCAAAAAAUCAAAGUGUCUGCUUUUAAUAAUGCUGUGCUUUGGGCUAAUUGCUCUCAUGCUGAGUUGGACAUCCCUGGCCCUGGAAACCUCCUCCGCAAUGGGCACCAGUGAUUUCUGUGUGGCUCCAGACAAAUUCAUCAUGAACAUGACCCAUGAUCAGAUCACAACAGAAGUUGUCCAUUACUAUUUGUACUGCAGCCAGAGUCUGAGAAACCCUUUUCAGCAGGCUCUGACAGUCUUCCAAAGGUCGCUCACAACUAUGCAAAUCCAGGUUCAAGGCUUACUGCAGUUUGCUGUGCCAUUAUUUCCCACAGCCCAGAAGGACUUGUUGGGUAUACAGCUACUUCUAAACACUUCUGAAUCCAACCUUCAUCAGAUUACAGCUCUGCUGGAUUGCAGAGGACUACACAAGGACUAUCUGGAGGCUCUGAUUGGCAUCUGCUAUGAUGGAGUAGAAGGAAUGCUGUAUCUAGGUCUGUUCUCACUGCUGGCAGCGUUGGCGUUUACUGCCAUGGUGUGUGCAAUGCCACAAGCCUGGAAACACUUGGAAGCUCGGGACAGAGAUUAUAACGACAUUGAUGAUGAGGACCCCUUCAACCCACAAGCUCGCAGAAUAGCAGCGCACAAUCCAAACCGGGGGCAGCUAAGGAGUUUCUGCAGCUACAGCAGUAGCAUGGGUAGCCAGGCCAGCCUCCAGCCUCCCGCACCGACUGUCUCCAAUGCCCCUGUGGCUGAAUAUAUGAACCAGGCAGCUCUGUUCGGUGGAAACCCUCGCUAUGAGAACGUUCCGCUGAUAGGGAGAGGAUCCCCUCCACCCACGUAUUCUCCAACUAUGAGGGCCACAUAUCUCUCAAUGACCGAGGAGCCUUCCAGUAUAUACAGCAAUGUGUUUCCAGCCUAGUCCCCCCAGGGUGCCAUUCUCUGCUCAAUACACUGGGUGACAUGGUUAAUUCUGGGCCCGCACUGCCAGUGGGUUCUUGUAAAAGACAAAGGGAUGUUUACAACAAACAUCUAAUUAUAGAACUGGGGCAUCCACUGAGGGGCAAGUCUUCCAACCAAGGCGGAUUUUCAGCGCAACAACAAAGAUGGUGUGCCGACGCUACCAGUUCUUGGAUGUAUCAUGUUUGCCAAGAUCUAGGCGGAUAAGUCUCAGGCGGAUACUGGGGGGGUUUGUCUCUUUGCUUCCUCUGGGAUUCACAGUGUUUUAAAAUCCUACAGAAUAUCAGUCGGAUCAGGUUGACAUUGUGACAACAACAGACACUGCCUUUCUUAAACCCAGACUACAAUGUAAAAUGUUAUCUUCUUGGACCAAUGUUAAUAUUGACAUGUACAGCAUCUUGUAGGUAAUACGCAAGAAACCUUCACUUCUAUGUCCCUUGGGCACGUUUUCACAAUAUCCAAAGUACAUUAUAAGCCUUCGGAUAAAACAGAUGAACCAACUGCUCAGGGGUUGUAUUAGGAACCACCCUAGUACCAUGGAAUGGUAGGACCCUGUCUCUAUACUAAGUGCUAGCCUUUCUGGUUUAGAAUGGGCCAGAAAUGUAGAAAGUGAUGUUUAACCUUAAUUGUUCAGCCUUUUAUAUGCAAACGUCUAUCUAAUAAUUCUUAUGAUUAUGUUCAAGGUCCUGUCCAACAAGGAUAAUCUUUUUAAGGGGUUCUGAGUUUAUGAAAUGAAACUUAAUAUACAUCAAUGUUUGCCAAAUUGUAUAUAACUUAAGUCUAGGGCCAGAAUGUAAAGCUAUCCCUGAGUACAGGUCACAAAUAUAUCAACAGAUGUGCUCCCAGGGUAGGAAAACUCCACAUGUUCAUGAACAUACAGCCCCUUACACCUGUCACUGGGAUGGGAUUUCUGCAACAGCACAACUACAUAUAAGCUCUGUACCAGCCCAAGUACUGGAGGCACACUCAAUUCUCUUCUCUGGAUUCAGAACCAAAAUUUGUUAAAAAGCAACUCAUUCACAGCUUACAGACAGCAUGCAGGAACUACGUAACCCACAAUGCAUUGCACUGUGAUGUUCCUUUCCUUAAUGACAUCACGUGCAGGGAAUUAUGGGAUUGGGAGGAUGCAGGCUGAAGGCAGGCUGAGGACUGUCAACUACUUUUACAUUUUAUUUGAGUCUCAAAGUAGUCAGCCAGAUCAGCAGGGGAACAGGGGGCGGGGCUUAGGGGACUGUUCCAAACCAUAUUAUUACAUUAAAAGGCUGCAUAUUUUUAAUUAAUGUAUAAUGCAAAGUUGAUUGAAAUUAUGUUUACUUUUCGAAACGAUUAAGUUGUGUUUUGGUGGAGUUCCCUUUCAAUGGGACUAAUGUAAUUAAAACAAUGUUACAUUGCCACAUACUCUUUAAAGGAGAACUAAACCCAUAUUGUAAGCAUAGGGUCUGUGCACAGUACCUUCCCCCCAAACUACAACAAUCAGACUCCUCAGAAUGGCCCCGUCCCCCUGUACCUGACCUUCUAAUGUGAUUUGCUCAGUGGCUUUGGCAAGCGUCAGGUAUAGGGAAGGGCCAUUCUGAAGAGCCUGCUUGUGGGGUAGCUCCUGUGCAAGGGCCCUGUGCUUACAAUAUGGCUGUAGGUGGGCUGGGUGCCAAAUCAUCAGCUAAUUCUGGGCUACUCAUUUGGUGGAACAUUGUGCAUUAAUAUAGGAUUGUGCAGUUUCUCCAGUGAAUGCUGGUCUGUAGCUAUUUCCUGUUGCACCCUGGCCCUGUAGCAAACUGGGAAGGACACAUCUCCCCCCACUUCCUGUAGUGAUAUUAUUUAGCUAUCUACAGGUACAGACCAUAUUGUUUCAGUCAUUCCAACCACAGGUCCAACUGCUGAAGGCUGAGUAUUUCCAGUUAUUGUAAAUAAAAAACUAGUGAUUAAUCGGCCAAACUCUCAGGGAAGCUUGGAGAGAUUCCUGCCCCAGGCUAAGGGUAACAGAGUAUGGGCAUGUACUUGCCCCUGUCACGAUGCCCCUUGUGCCAUUACCCGAAUUUCUUCUUUGGGCAAGUCAGCCUGUAAGGGGCCCAGAAUCAUCUAACAUAUUGUCCUCACUAUUGUUAAACCAGUUGGCAAAAAACUACGGACAUUUAAUGACAGAACAGAAGCUCCUAUGAGCAUCUCCCUUUGUAGCAUUUACAGUUUGUAUUUGUAUGUAACUCCUCCUUCUGCGCUAAUGAAUAGGCUAAGCGCUUUAUAAAUAAAUACUAAUGAAUAUAUAUAUUCCUGAUAUUUGAUAUAUGAUGUAUUAUUUAUCAAAUGUGUCCUUUGCAAAUAUACAUAUUCCUUUCAAGAUGGCUGCUGUUAGUUUUGGCUCCUCAGACUCCUACUGAGCUCACAGCUUGCCAUAAGCCCUUCCUACUUUACCCAGACACCCAUAAUCACACACCCCCAUAGUCACACACCCCCCCAUAGUCACACACACCCCCAUAGUCACACACACCCCCAUAGUCACACACCCUCAUAGUCACCCCCCCAUAGUCACACACCCCAUAGUCAUGCCCCCCAUAGUCACACACCCCAUAGUCAUGCCCCCCAUAGUCACACACCCCAUAGUCACCCCCCCAUAGUCACACACCCCAUAGUCAUGCCCCCCAUAGUCUCACACACACCC